CUUCUCAUUACUAGAUGAUUAUGAACAGAACCAGAAAACAGCAUCUAAAAAGAAUAGUGCGGUUAAUCAGAGAAAUAAAGGCAUUUCAGUCAUGAUAGAAGCUGUGAAGGAAGGUACUGAAGAGAAGAAAGUACAGACUGUUUAUAUCGAUUUGAAGCCCAAGGUGAUCACUAAACAAGCCGAGUGCCCUAUUUGUAAAGGCAGAAAGCGAAAGAAGCAAACAAGUGUCAGUGUAGAGGUCGAAACUUCACCCAAAUUUUGUGAGAAGGAAAGCGUGGAGGUAAAGGGAGACAAAGUUGAAGAAGGCUCUUAUAUAAACCUGAAACUGGAAGCAGGUACUGUAGAUGCUGGGGCAUCUCAUAAGAUAUGUGAAGAGAGCAAGUUAGAGAUGCAUAAGAAGCGGAAGAGUAAGUCUCCAAUAAAAAGAGGAAUGGGUAAAAGAAUUGCUAGCAAAAGUAGUCUCUUAGACCAAAUAUCCGAAGAGGAUGAAGAAGAAAUGAUUAAGAAGCACAACCUCUCUCAAGAAGAAAAGAUACUUCUUCAAAAAUAUGAGAGCAGAUUCAGCUCUAGCAAAGGCGGUGAUAUCUCUAGUGGAGGAACCUAUGCUUCAAAAGUAAGCUUCGCCAAGGUCUUCAGUACUCCAAGAGUGGGCCGAGAGAAUAGAGAAUUUGAGACAUUUUAUCAUCAAACAAAACAAAAAUCAACUCCAAAACAAGAGCUCAGAAUGCGCUCUUUUGAGCCAGUGAUGAAAAAGAGUUCUUCUAAGAAAAAAAUUGAACCUGAGGCUCCUAUGAGAGUCACUUUGCAUAGAACUGGGACUCUAAAUCCUAUGUCUGAUGGGUUCCUCACACAGCCGAGGUAUGAAAAGGACAAGAAAGGCAAGAAUGAAAAACUCUCAGGCUAUGUUGGCUUCUCAGGAAACACUCUCAGCUUUGACUAG